AUGAACCCGCACGCCCGCGCGAGACGCCGAGCCGCGCCUAGCGAGUAUCAGUCUGUGUGCGCGCACCCGCAGAACGGCAGACGCAAAUCGCGGUCGCAUGUCUUGUCCCCGUGCCGCGCGCACCCCCGAAGCCGCAAGCGCGCGUCGAGCUCCAAGCGCAAGCGGACGCACACCUGCAUCUCGAUUCUCGAACCCUUCCUUCCUCGAGCGAGCGAGAGGGCUCUCCCGACGCACGCGCGCUUCCCAGCUUCUGCUUCUGCUUCGGAGCUUCACGCAAGCCUGGGGCUUCGCCUUCCGAGACGCGCCACCGAUCUCGCCCCUGCCUGCCAUAUAUGCGAAGACGGACGGCGCAGUGAGGCGGACUCGGACGCCACUGGCAUCAUCGACCGGCUAUGGCCGCGCACCGCCUAUUUGCACCCCAUGUGGAGUGCUUUCUUACGGCUGUAUGCCAUAUGCCAUGGCCACGGGGGUGCGAAGGAGCGCCGCGAAGACACCCCGCUUCUCUCUCGAAGCCGUCGACUACCUGUUAUCGUCAAUGAGAACUACCGCCGACCGCAUUGGCUUGACGUGAUCGAGGAUCUGUCCGUAUUUCACCAAUCCAAGCAAUAA